CGAAAAUCUUCGGAGUCUCCGACGUCAAAGCCCGAAGCCGCGAAACCACCCAUGUAUAUAUAAACCGAUGAGUAGAAGGGUGAUUACAAUGGAUAGAACACAGCAUCGCAACUUGAUCAGACAACAAUACCAUUCCUCAAUAUCAGCCCAACUCUCUAUUUUUCUUCUCUUGAAGUAAAAAAAUCAAACAAUCAUGACAUCCCCACCCCAAACCAUCACCUUCCCCUCCUCGGUCCACCAAAUCGCCGCCCACCUCUACCACCCUCCCCCCUCCGCCCCGACCCGCAACAACGCCGCCAUCAUAAUCAGCCACCCCAUGACAGGCGUGAAAGAGCAAACCUCCACCACCUACGCCACCUACCUCCGCAACGCAGGCUUCAUCACCCUAACCUUCGACGCCGCCUACCAAGGCGAAAGUACCGGCGAGCCGCGCGGGCUCGAAGACCCGCUCCAACGCGUCGAGGACAUCAAGUCCGCCGUGACGUAUCUGUCCACCUUGACCGGUGUAGUGGAUAGUACUAAGAUCGGGGUCGUGGGGAUUUGCGCCUCGGGGGGAUAUGCGUCGUACGCGACGGCGAGUGAUGGACGGAUUCGAGCGUUGGCGACGGUGUCGGGGGCGUGUGUGGGCCGGAUGACCCGGUGCGGAGGGGUGCAUGAGCAUUUGAGGGAGAAUGCGGAGGCGAUUUCCGGGGCGUUGAUGGUGGCGGCGGAGGGGAGGAGGGAUGAGAUGGCCCGGGGGGGAUCGGGGAUGGAGGCGCCGCGCAUGUUUGAUGCGCAGAAUGUGGCCGAUGAUGCGGACCCGUUCUUUCGUGCGGCGGCGCAGUAUUAUGGGACGGAGAGGGGGAGACAUGAGCGGUCGACGCAGAGGGUGCCGCUGUCGAGUUAUGAUCGGAUGGUGGCGUAUGAUUCGUUUAAUUUUCAGCAUUUGAUUGCGCCGCGGCCGUUGCUGAUGAUUGCGGGCUCGGAGGCGGAGACGCUGCAUUAUAGUCGCGAGGCGGUGCGGCUGGCCCGGGAGCCCAAGGAGUUGUUUGUCGUGCCGGGGAAGAACCAUUUCGAUCUGUAUGAUACGUUAGACGAGUCGGGCCCCAAGUUGGUGGAGUUCUUUGGGAAGUACCUGGCGUGA